CUGGCUACGUGCAAAGCGGAAGUGGGAACACCUCUCCAUCGGUCUCCUGCCCAAGGAGACCCUCUCUACUAGACCUUCAGUCUUUUCGCUUAUGGCUUCAUCCAAGAGAAAAUGACGUACAGCUGACUCUUCCUUGCCAUGCCUUCUUACAAGACUUUCAGGAUCAAGUGGUUCCUGGCCAAGAAACAAAAGCAGAAUCAGACCAUUCCCCAAUGGAUUCGGAUGAAAACUGGUAGUAAAAUCACAUACAACUCCAAAAGGAGGCAUUGGAGAAGAACCAAGCUGGGUCUACAAGGAAUCGCACAUGAGAUGACACCACAUAUUUUUGCUGUGUCAGGAUUGCUUGGAUCUUAACCAUGGCACUGAAAGAUCACUACUAUCUGAACAGUUGGAUGUGUUUUAUUGGGAAAUUAUGGGGAAAAUGAGUUUUCUCUUAAUAUGUUUCUGCACUAGUAGGUUGGUUCAGUAAUAAGUAUGUGAGAUCUUCUAUAAAAAAUAAAAGUAAAAACACAUUAGAAUAAAUAGUAGCCAAGAUUGAUAUAACUCUUAUGAUGUGCCAGACCCUCCCAUAAAAGCUUCUUGUAUUAACUUAUUUAAUCCUCACAACAACCUAAAAGAUAGGAAUUAUAGUUAUUCUCAUUUCAAGAUGAGGAAAUGGAGAUCCAGAGAGGGUAAGCCCCUCACCCAAGGUCACACAGCAAGGUAGCAGCAGAGGUGGGAUUCCAGCAGCCAUCCAGUUUCCAAGCCCAGCCUAUAAAUCACUUCCAUGUGCAUUACCUCAGUCUUCCUCUCCCACCACCCAGCCCCUCAGUGAGGGAGUGGCCAAUGUGCCAGCUCCUCCCACGGGCCUGUCCUACCUGACUUCUGCUAGAUCUGACCUUCA